AGUGAACGUACAACUCACCUACGAGAAUGAGGUGCGUCGGCUGUUGGUUUAUUGUGGUCCUCCUUCUGGGAAUCGGCGUCCUGAGGGCGAAAGCGCGUAAAGGAGUCGGGCCCGGGGAGCAGGACUGGGGCUACGUCGAUGUCCGCGAGGGUGCACACAUGUUCUACUGGCUAUACUACACCACCGCGAACGUGAGCAGCUAUACGGAACGACCGCUGAUUCUGUGGCUCCAGGGCGGACCCGGAGGCCCCUCUACGGCGCUGGGAAACUUUGGCGAGCUUGGACCCGUAGACCAAAAGGGUGACCCGCGGGAAGGAAACUGGGCACAGCAUGUCAACCUACUCUUCGUGGACAGUCCGGUGGGAUCCGGCUUCAGUUACGUGGACAACACCAGCUUGAUUGUUUCCAACAAUGAGGAGCUGACAGACGACCUAAUGACCUUCAUGAUGUACUUUUACAAGCAACACAAGGAGUUCAAGGCCGUGCCGCUGCACAUUUUUACGGAGAGCUACGGCGGAAAAAUGGCACCAGCGCUGGCCAUCCGAUUGGACGCAGCCAUGAGUACCGGUGAGGUAGCCAACCCGGGCACCCUAAAGUCGAUUACCCUCGGAAACCCUUGGAUCUCUACACGACAUAUUUGUAAGGAGCACUCGCGGUACCUCUUCGUCAACGGGCUGAUCGACGAGGAUGGGGCGGCAAAGAUAGAUGCCCAGGAAGACAAGAUCCUUAAGGCCCUGAAGGACCAUGAGUUCGAGCAGGCCACGGAUGCGUACAUAGAGUAUUAUGAUCUGAUGCAGAAUCUCACUGGCGAGGUGUUCCUCUACAACACUCAAACACAUGUGGAUCCGUCAGAGGAUCGCACCUACGGCUACGGGGACGAGCUGACCAACUUCAUGCAGGAGAAUGUGAGCCAGGCUCUGCAGAUCAACGGAAGUGUCUACGCCUCCCAGGUUCUGGAUGUACUCACCAGCUUGCACGCAGAUCGGCUCAGAUCGGAAAUAACUUUUAUUCCCUAUUUACUUAACAAGACGUCCGUGAGGGUCAACAUUUAUUCCGGCCAAUUGGACACUCUGGUGCCUACUGCAGCCACCUUGAAUUUAAUUAAGGACUGGUCCUGGACUAACAAGAGCGAAUACCUGAAUGCCGAACGAACUCCAAUUGUGGUCAACGGAAGACUGCAGGGUUACAAAAAACGUGGGGGUCAGUUUGGGAUGUACUGGAUCAAUAGGUCGGGACACUUGGUACCCAACGACAAUCCGUCAGCGAUGCAAUUCGUUCUAAAAGACGUGACGGGAUAUGACAAGAACGACUCGCCCAAAUAAUGAAGCUCUAAACAUCUUCGCCAAAUAUUUAGUCGAACGGAUGUUAAUCUUUAGAAUUUUAAGAACUUAAGUGUAAACAAAAUUCUAGGUGUGCAUUCGUGGUCAAUGUUUAAUUUUGAGCGGCGAAUAAACAAAUUUUGUGCUUAUAAUGUGGUAUACCUACUAUUGUUACUAAAUAUGCAUUAAAUAUUAAAUUUUAACUAUUUAUAUACUUUCUGAAAGUAAAAAUUGUUGCUUGACUGUUGAAAUAUUUAAUAAAAGUUUUAUAAAAUACA